CCACCAUGGUGAGUGGCUUUGUCAUGAACCAAAUGAUGCUGUGUGAGUAAAGCCUGGUUCGAUGUAAUUGUACCAAUAAAAGAAACUGAAAAGUGCAAAUCAAGAAUUCAGCUUUAUGUAAAAACAUUGCAUGACUGAUUAUUGUAUUACCAAACAGUACUGAAAUUUGCAGGAAUUACCUUGUAAUCACCUCCUAGAUAAAAUUCAACAGGCACAUCUUUUCCUUUAAUGUUGAUUUUUCCUGCUUUUACCAAUCUGUUGAUGCAGCUAAAAAUCUUUGAACACGAAGCCUUCAAAAGGUUGUAAUCUUCAUAACCUUUGAUUACUGAAACUGUGUGGUUCCCUUUUGUGUGUAAUGAAGAAAAAAUAAGGUUUGUUAUUUUCACUCAAAUUUAUGUAUUGGUUGGAUUACUCAAGUAAAGUAUGUCAUCAAUUUAGUAUGUCAUCAAGUCAGAAAUUUAUUAUUUGACCUGCAAUUUUAAAAGAUUUACCUUUCGAAGACAUAACAGUUUCUUCCAGAUUAAGAACAGAGAAGCUGAUCACAAUGAAAUUUGUCAACCUUGUCAUCUUUGCACCAUCUCCACUGACUUUCACUUUGACUGGACCGUCACCUAAUUUGCUAUCAGUCUCCAUCUAAAGAUUAAUGAAGAAUUUAAAAUAUUGAAAAUUAAUAAUAAUUUCUAACUUUAGUGAUGAGCAAUGAUUGGCUAACUCAAAAUUUCUAAUCACAGUAGGUUUUUACCCAGCCUGGGACACCACAGCAUCCACCAUCCCUGACAGGUACAUAAUAGUUUAUUUAAAUCUUAAUGAUUAAAGAAUGACCAAAAUAGGAUUCUUACCAUAUUUCCAAUUACAUGACUUAACUCAUCUUCAAAAUCUUCCCUUUUAAGCUUGUUAAUGUCAAUAGUGGCCUUGUCGAUUUUUAUUUGGCUUUGACUCACCAGUGCUGAUGCUUCCUUACAUUUGAUGUCUAAUGCCUUAUUAUCACGAGUAAUCGUCGCAUUUACACUUUCAAGCUGCGAAACUUGGCUUUGCAAAUCGUUUACCAAGGCAACCGUACUAAGUUCGCUAUGACGAAUAGCAACACUCUUCACCUUGGCAAGUAGACUUUGCUGAGCUUCUCCAUGUUUCCCGAUAGCUUGCUUAGACACUUUCGUGCAAUGUAUACGAAGGCAUUCAUUGACUCUUGAACAGCACUCCUGAAUCUACAGUGAAUACUGUUUGCCAAUAAAUGCGUUCAGUAUUUGUACGUACGUGCAGUCAGCCAAUAUCGUGUGCUUUGCAUUGUGCCAACUGUUUAGUUGUUCAAACGGAAUGUGAAGCGUAAAGGCAACUUGUUCAGGAUCAACAUCGUAUCUUUUAACCAAGUUUGGGCAAUGCUCGCUAUCAACAACUAUUUUCCUUUUAAAUUUUGUAUUAGAAUAUGUAUCCAGAGCGUUUGCCACAAAUUUGCAUUAAAUUUGCAUGUCAUAGAAGGAAACAGAACGAUUCUAAUUUCCCGCUACAUUGCGCGAUAAGCGUUCGCGGUUGUUAGUUACCAUAGUAACGACACAGGAAGUAAAUAGGUAAAGGGAGUAUGCGCUGAGCAGUAACACCGCCGUCUCUAGAAAUGUAUUGCGAAAGAAAGCUCUGUUUCUAAGCUAUAAUUUGAUGUAUUGCUCGACGAAUUCCGACAAAUAUAACACUGAAAACUUUGCGUUCAAAGACAACGCCUUCGAGUUUCACAUUUCAAACUUACAUUCUCAAAGUAUUUCUGUCUUUAAAUUUAAAGCAUCGCUUCUUGAUGAACAAAAUGGACCUGUCAAACGGUGUAUAUUUAAACAAAUGGAAGGGUUGUUGUGUGGUGUAUGGUGGCCCAGAACUACCAUAAGAAAAUGUUCUUUUUUUGUUAAAAUUUUUAUUUUAAAAAAUAAUAAUUAAAAAUAUUUAAAUAAAAAUAAAAUAAAAACAAAAUUAAAAUAAAAAGAAAUGAAAUGAAAAUGAAAUUAAUAUACUUACAUGGCCCACAACUGCCAUAGCAUUUUUUUUUAAAACUAAAAUCAUUUUUCACAUUGGCCCAGAGCUGCCAUAGACCAGCAUAUCUUGCGACGCGACUGACCAGUUGAAAUUCCUAACACCAAGUACUGGCUCUUCGGAAACUCGUGCACUUGUGUUUAAACAUGGCUGCCAAAGACAACGCAUGGCGUUCGUUCCAGGAAGAAAUGAAACGAAAACGGACAAAAGUUGGGGCAAAGGAUCGUAAACGGGUAAAGAAAUCUGAACUAGUCGUUCAACGUCUAAGUGCCGAAGUGGCAGGCAAAGCGCAGAAAUUUUCUAGAGUGGGUCCGCGAGAAUUUGUACACUAUGACCCAGACGAAGACUUGACGCUAGAGGGUAUAAAAUCAGCAUGUGAAAAACAUUUCGCUCGUACUCUGUCUGGAAAUCUUAAGUGUGAUGUACUAGCUGGCGAACAAGGACCCUCCUGCAAAACAUUAGACCAGGUACCCAAUGUUACUAAGCUGAUUCAUGUUCGCUUUAUGAAAUGUGAUGAGAACGACAUGUAUAAAGGUAUAAACAGUGACAGCUCUGACGAAGGUACCCAACGACACGUGAAAGGAAAACAACCCCCAAAAUCCUGCGGUGCAGUACCUUCACCUCCCAAAGUUUCGCCAGCUACAAGUCAAUAUUAUCCUAAAAGUCUGUCUGUACUCGACAUGUUAAAAAUGGGUAAGGUUGUAGACAAGAAAAGUACGACUGUUAUCACUCUCCAUUCCUUCAAUAUCGAGUUGAUGGCUUGGAACAAAAUCCCCACCACAGUUGAAUUUGUUGUUGAUGAACAGGAACUGGGAUCCGGGGGAUUCCGUACAGCAUUUAAAGCAACAACCCAACACCCUAUGUAUGCUAAUACCACUUGGGUUGUAAAGCGAUACUUGCCCGAAGCAAAGGUUUUAAUUCAAGAAACGAAUCAAAACAUUGAGGCACACACAAAGAAAGCAGUGCAGAUGCAUGUUUUAGCACGGAAUUUCGCACGUCAACUUAAGAGGGUCAUGGCAUCAUCAGUGGAUAGCCAGUAUGGUCCAUCUCUUCAGUAUAAUAAAGUAUAUUUUGGGAUGACCGAUGGUAAUGAAUGUGUUACUGUGGAAGAGUAUGUUGAUGGCAAAUUUAUCAAGUAUAUUAACAACGAUGGCAUCUCUUGUGUUGAGCAAUCAGAUGAUAUGUGCCAAAAGGCACAUUGCCUUGCUCAUUUUUCUUACGAAAGGUCUGAUAAGAAGCUUAUUAUCCUUGAUAUACAAGGAAGUGGUCACACACUUUUUGACCCAGAGAUAGCAACCUCUGAGAUGUCCGACAAGGAUUCUGAGAUGUUAUUUUGCAGUGGAAAUUUGUCUAUGGUUGCAAUUAAGAACUUUGUCAAAGAGCAUCAAUGUAAUAAUUACUGCAUAUCUGCUGGCCUUACAAAAUUGAAGUGAUCAGACUGUCUGAUUCCUUUAAAAAACUGAGCUUAUAUAUACAUGUACACUAACAUAUAACAGCUUACUUUUAAAAGUAUGACAGAACAUGCUGUGUCAAAGCAAGGCAUGGUGUUAAAACAAUGUAAACGAGGGAGAACUACACUCCCUCAAUUGCAUCUACUGUAUGCAUAGACAGAAGCAUUUUUAUAUUCACAUUUUUAUCCAGGGUGUCCAUGGUUAGAUGCUAUUGUGUUUCCUUGCUACCCCUAUUGUGUAAAAUUGUAAAUGAAUUUACACGGGUCAAAAGACAAAAACAGUUAGCUGUCAAUCAUUUUAUAUCUUGUAAAUAUUUUGUUGAGUUAGUGUUUAUCAUUUAAACUUUAAAUAAUGACAUGAAUAUUUAUGUUUCGGGACUAUCAUGUACAGUAUGUUGAGUUAAUACAGGUAUGUUAACACAUUUUUACAGUCACUGUGUUUGAUCACUUUGAUGAAAUCUUUGCUUUAAAUACAAGUAUGCAUCUGCACAAUCAGAGGGUUCAACCUUUUCUGGAAAAGGUAUAAUAGCUUCACAUUUUCUUCUUAUUUCUGGUGGAAGGAAGUCGUUGUCUAUUUCAAGAACUCCAGAAUGUCGAGCAACCUCAGCUAAUUGCUCUUCUGUCACAGGAAAACCUAUUAAAUGCACAUGUAGAAACAGUUACAGUUAAGUAGUCUCACUAAUAAGCCCCACACGGCGUUUAUUGUUCCAGGCACAUUGAGGGCAGGGGGGUUAUUGAACUUCAUCUAAAAAGGGUGAGGCUUACCACAUUCUUCCAACUUAUAUUCUUGUGGAAAGCUAUAAAUGUGAUCAGGAACACCAUCGGGUAGCAGCGUGUCUUUCUGACAACGAAUUCUGUGGCUGUUCCACACUGUUUCUCGAAAAAUGUCAAGUUGAACUUGCAGAACAGGAAUAAGCAGGAAUGCCAGGAGCAUCCUGAAAUCAUAUAGACAUUAGCUAAACUUCAGUAAAGUCUACAUAUUAAUGUUGAUGCAAUAGAAGUCAUAGAAGUGUUAUAAAAUAUUGCAUCAAUUCAUUUCCUCAAGUUGAUCAAUUCAUUUGACAGAAAAUUUAUCAACUUUCUGUUACUUCUAGAUGAGAAAAUUAUAUUUCGUUCAGAACCGACUAACCAAUAGGAAACGCACAGGAAGUAAAAAGAAAUUUGAAUUCAUAUGAAUUGAUCAACUUGAGGAAAUGAAUUGAUGCAAUAUUUUAACACUUCUAUUGCAUUGACAGUAAACAGAAUAUAUUAAAAAAGAGCUUGAUGACAUACUAUACACACCUAUGAUCAUCAUCAUCAUCAGGAUUAUAGUGGCCCUCAUUCUUUAGCCAGGACAAUUGCACCUUAAAGUACUUUUCCAUGCGCUCGUGAAGCUCCUUCCACCAACGUUCUAUCUAUAGGGAUUGUUAUAGAAGUUUUAUUCAGUUGUAAAAUAAGAAAUAUUGAGAGCUAACCCAUAUCCCAACAUCCUCUUAGCUUGUAAAAUUCAAAGCCAUCUGUCCCUGUAGUUUUGGGAAUUGAUUGUAUGAUUCCACACAGAACAUCUGGUCAUGACAAACCGUAAAAUAAUGAGUAUUGGGGAGACUCUUAAAGUGAUCAACAUUUUACCUGGUUUGACGUGGAAGGUCCAUAAAGUACCGUGUCAAAUGGAUCCAUGUCACCAUGGCUUUGCCUAAGAAACGAAUGUAUUGUAGUCAUGAUCCCAGUCUCAGUUCCUUUAUCGACGCGUAACAUUGAGGCCAUUCUUUUCGUUUCAUAUAGGUGCUCUAAAUACCAACGUCCAAUUCUUUUUGGGUGAGAGUUACUAUCCCAAAUUUUUAACCACAGGAUUUUUCUACUUGCAGUAUCAAUUGAGCCAUAUAUAGCUAAUGGGAACGUACUGUUCUGGUAUCCCAUUAGCUUAUCAUGGCCGUCCAUCGAGUGUACAAAAUUGGUGCCUCUUGUUGUAAAAUUGCCUUUAACUUUUCUUUUCCUCGCCGUUGGGUCACGAGCUUCGAGUCCUUCCGGGUCUACCUCAAACAUCACGGCAUGUACUAAAUUUCUAGGGACAUUUAGAUGAUAUUCUUGCCUUAUUUUAUUGUACAUCGCUCUAUACCCCAACAGUUUGCCAGGACCGUUGAUCUCUUUCUCGACAGCUGUUCUAACUUCUUCGACACUAACACUUUCGUCAGUCCGGCGAAUGUCAAAGUGCUUUAGAUGUCGAUCCAACGUUCUCAAACUCCAAGCAUAUUCACCAAAAUCUCGCUUCAUAAAAUCCAGUAUUUCGAGACGUUGUAGGUUGCUCCUUACAUGCUUUUCAAGUUCCGUUUUCAAGUUUUCGUCUUCUUUCCAAUCUGCAUUGCGAAUUCUGUCCGCCAUUUUGAACUGAACAUAGCCACAAUGGGUGGAAUACUUGGUGUUAGGAAUUUCAACUGGUCAGUCGCGUCGCAAGAUAUGCUGGUCUAUGGCAGCUCUGGGCCAAUGUGAAAAAUGAUUUUAGUUUUAAAAAAAAAUGCUAUGGCAGUUGUGGGCCAUGUAAGUAUAUUAAUUUCAUUUUCAUUUCAUUUCUUUUUAUUUUAAUUUUGUUUUUAUUUUAUUUUUAUUUAAAUAUUUUUAAUUAUUAUUUUUUAAAAUAAAAAUUUUAACAAAAAAAGAACAUUUUCUUAUGGCAGUCCUCGGCCACCAUAGUGGUGUAUUACUCAAACUUUGCAAAGCAAACGGCACAAAUGGAAAAGCAAUGCUGAGCAACUUGCUCGAGGUCUUUGAAUAUCGUGAAAUUCGGGAUUUUCGCCAAACUUCCAUAGGUUAGUAUAGCAAUUAUAUAUAUAUUUUUUCUCGUUCGGUUUGGACCUGUUAUUUUAUCCAAAUAAAAUCUCAAAUUUUGCCCAAUGUGAAGAUUUGGGUAUGCGAAACUAUGGACCAACGGCACAAAAUUGAAAUACUUUGUUGGUAGACUUCUAUUGUACUUUUUGUGAACACUUACUAAUAAUUUUAUAUUGCUCUCAGACGCCAUAUUUUACUGUGCGUGCGCUUGCGCAAUACUGCGUGUCUCGAAUUUCUGGCCAUGAGAGAUGACAUCAUCGACGAAACGUUUCCAAAACGAUAUAGAUACCGGAACAGAAGCUAAAGCUCUUUGUUCGACAUCUUCCAUUACUAAAUUAGCAAUUACUGCCGAUACUGGUGGCCCCAUCGCUGUUCCAAAAACCUGUUGAUAAUAACAGCCCUCGAACACAAAAUAUGUGGUGUUGAGACAAAAAGACAGAAGAUCAAUAAUAUCUUCAACGGGCAAGGAUGUUCUUUGUAACAAAGUGGCAUCCUGUCUUAGUCUUUUUGUCGCAACCUUGAUGGCAAGAUCAACUGGGAUGGACAACAAUAGGUCUCGAUGGAAUUUCCGGUUUAUGGAUUUUCGAACCAUAGAAACGCGGAAAUAGUCCAUCACUGCUGUAUAACUUUUCAUUGUAGCCUUGCUGAUAAUAUUGGGUUCAUUCAAAAGAAGUAACUUGGCGUUUAAACCUCUUUGAGUCUUUCCAGUAGGAUCAGACUUGAGAAUAGAAUACGUAUUUCUGUCAUUCAACAGUGAAAGAGCCUUCUCGCGAUAAUCAUGUUUGUCCAUAACAACAACACAAUUGCCUUUGCCCGCUGAAAGAAUAACCCUGUCCGGAUCUUUUCGUAAGAGCAAGAGCAAGUAAAGCUUUGAAAACAUUCGAAUAAAUGUUUUUGGGAGGUAUUUUGGCACGUCUAAGAAUGCUACUGACCUCAGCUCUUACCAAUCGCUUAGCAUCAUCGUCUAGUGGAAAAUUCCUUCUUCAAUUUGCUUUUUGUAGGAACGAAAAUAACUCCGAGGGUGAUACCUCUGUUAAGGGUUAUGCAAUAGUUCCAUACAUUCAAGGUGUCACAGAACCAAUCAAUUGUAAUAUUAAAGUUGCCUUAAAACCCUAUUUGACUUUAGGCCAUGUUUUCGCAAAGCCAAAGAUCCUGUUAAAACAAAUCAGAAAACUCUCACAAAAGUACUGCAUAUUCUAUACCAUGCGGUGACUGCGAGAAAGAGUAUUUGGGUCAGUCUAAACGCCAGUUUGGUACGCGGAUAAAAGAACAUCAAAAGGCUGUUUCAACUUUAGACAAGAGAAAAUCAGCUUUAGCCAAACAUGUAUGUUACACCAAACACGAGAUUGCGUGGGAAAACUCUAAAGUAAUUACCACAAACAAUCGCUAUGGUCAAAGACUUUGCCUAGAAGCGUGGGAUAUAAAUAUGAGUAAUCAUGCUUUGAAUAGGGAUGACGGUGCCUAUUUGUCAGAGGAAUAUAUGCAUCUCAUUGACAAGUGACGUCAUCCCUUGGGUAUCUAAGAAGCCACGAUUGCAAUUUUGGAUCAUCCCUGAUGAAGACACUAGACUGGAAUGUCGAAACGUUGGGUCCUGAUUACAAUUCGAAUGGGCUUUGUAAUCAUUUAUUUAAACCAGAGUAGCGAGCGAAAUAUGAUUGAUAUACCUGGUUGCAGUGAACGAACAAAUUUUAAAUCUACUUGAAUGUUUUAAAAGGUUUUCACACCGAUUUUCACAACAAAACUAAAUUUAAGAAACGUUGGAUUGAGUCAGUGUGUUAUUGUGCUCUCAAUUUUUCAUAUUUUGAACAUAUAUAUAUAUUUUAUUUUCAUUUCAAAUAAGUAAAAAAAUAUCUGUGUGAUACAUAUAAGCCAAAAACUCAAAGUGAAAAUUGCUAAAAAAGCCAACUAUAAACCGUACGCGUUUCGUGUUCCUCACGCAUUAUAAUUUACACGCAUGCGCAAAUAGUGAUCAUGUCGAAUCGAUAUUUUGUCACGUCGACAGCUUCAACUGGAUUUAGGACUAUUUUUCUCGCGUUUUCGUUGGUGAAAAUUUUUUAAAAUUUGCACGUUUGCUAAGCAUGACAAUUCGCCAAACAUAUCAAAAUUUCAAGAAACUCUAUAAGACAGACUUUUUGUAGUCGUCAUUCAUGAAUAUCUCAAAACGUGCCUUAUAAACACCCCUUCAAAUUUUAAUAUGGCAUUCCUCUUUCAACCAUAAAUUCUAAAAAAGAAUUCAGAAAAAUUGAACGAAGGAAAAAAAGGAUAUUGCCGUUUGAUUGUAAAAUUAGACAAUAAAAGUGACUUCGGAACUUUCCUGGAAAUAAUUAUAUUGCCUUGUCUUAAGUGUGUUCAAUAUAAAUUUGGUUGAAAACGAAGGUUACCUAAAAUACUUAAAAUUAAUUUAGAAAACUGUAGGGAAGCCACCUUAAAGCGCGAGAUGAAAGUGGGAUAUAAAAAAGCUCAAAUAUCACUUAGUACGUAAUUAACGUUUUAAUUAACAUGUUUUCGAAUGCGUCCGAUAAUAAUUGCGAAAAAAAUUUAAAACUGACUACAAUUCCAAAGUCAACGUUUUUUGUUCAUUUUAUGAAUGACUUCUUUCACACAGAAAAUAUGAAAGAAUUCUCUAAUCUUACGAAAUUCGAGUGGUCGGUUUUUACACGGUCUGCUUCUUAAAGUGUUAAAUAAAGUAAGGCAUGAGUUAUACAAUCAGUCAUAAUGCGCAAAGUAUUUCUAGAAGUGUUAGCAAACGUAGUGUUAUAUGUGCAGCAAUCCAAAGAUGACACAAAGUUAUUUCCGUUAAACAUCAUAGUGUAAAGGUAACAUUAAAAGUAACUUAAUGUAGAUACUGAAUAUUUUAAUACAGUGAGAAAGAAACUCCCUGCGAAGACUAACAAAAAUUUUGUUAAAAGGAGCUAGUCAACUUACCUAAACUUGUCUGCCACUCGGCACUUCACUCUGUGGUUACCCAGACCAAGGUCAAUAUAUUUUUGUUCAUCCAGAUAUACAUAAUACUAUAAAAGGAAAUUAAAGUUUAAAUUUAUGUCAUAAAAAGUAGAUAUUAUAUUUUUCAAUGUACAAUGCAUCACAAGAAUGUUCAAAUCUAUCAUGCAGGGUACGCCUCAAGUAGGUAUACGGCAUAUGUUGUUAAAAUAUAGGUAAGUGAGGGGGGGGGGGUGCUAUAAUGAUCCUUACAGUAUUUGUUGGUGAGAGGCUAAACUGAAUUACGAAAGACACAGCUCAAACUGGUCGAGUCGAACGCCUUCUAAGGGCACCUCUGGCAUGCAGCCACCUUAUGUCACAAGUCUGACAGAGGCUCAAUACAACGCACCCUGCCAGCAUUCCCUGUGGGUGGCAAGCGGAGUGCCCGAAGAAAAUCCACGACUUUCAGAAGUGCGUUGACUGACUCUUUUCAUGAGUCCGCAGCAAGAAUUGAACAUGAAGAUGCUUUCUCUGACGAUUGCGCCACAACAGGUGGGAAUAUUGUCUGAGCAUGCACGAAAACUGCGCGUGCAUGUAUUAUGCGGGAAAUGAUAUAUGUGUUUGCACUUGAUUGAUUCUAAAACAAAAACAACCUAAACGAAGCCUAAUUCGGACGCCAAGUUCGUAGCUGCUGUUUGAAGCCACAAAUCACUACAACAACUGGAUUAAUUGAAAAAAAUAUUUCUGUAAUACUUUGGUUUCCUUUGCUGCAAUUGGAGUUAGGGUUAGGUUUUGUCAGGGCAAAGUAUUCAAUAUCGGUUAUUUCAGCACAAAACAAAACAGCAAAAUAAUUAUAAUGCACCGAAAAUGUCGUCUGAUAGCUUCAAUAAAAUGUGAAAUUCAAAACAAAAAAAAAUUAACACCAACUUGAAAAUGCUUUCAAAUUAUUGCAAAACCGCGAAAAUUUGGCGGCACUUUGAGUCUAACCUGAUAGACGUGAGCAGACGUGUAUUCUUGUGCUCCAGAUAGACCUUGAAAUAUGAAUAUGAUGGUGGCCUCCUCAACCGUUUCGAACAUCUUGUACAGUUAUUUUAACAUUAAAAGGAGCAAACUGAUUUGCAUGGACUGGAUCGCUCGAAACUCAGAAAGCGUUUGUCCUCACAGAGAUUAAUGAAGACACUGCCGAAACAACUACAUGGCGCUCGCCCAGUGGCGGUAAAUGGCUAUUUGACAGCAAGUUGUUAUCAGUUACUUGGCUAACAAAAAGCCAGAAUAUUCAUUUCGACGGUGAGAAGGGCAGUGACUUGAUGGAACGAAUACAUUCAUUUUUAAAGCAAGACCCGGACAAUGCUUCAAAAUCGCUAAUCCUGCUGAACUUGAUCUACAGGGUGUCCCAAAAAACCCGAAAACUAUUGAAAUCACCAAUAGCAAUUUAAUUGUUAGAAUUUGAAUGCCUUAGCGCUCUGUUGGUUCCCACAAGUGCAUAAAUGAUUGACAUAAGUAAAUUUUAUGCAUAAAGAAACUGUUUAAGAACUUGUUUUUAAUUCCCAGGAACAGAAAAUCGCGCACUUUACCAGGAGAUAUUCCUAACUAAAUUCUAAUACAUGCACCUUGUCAAUAUUUUACGCAUCAUUACGUCCAGCUGUUUGGUAGGGCAUUCAAAUUUAACAAUAAGUGAUUUCAACAGUUUUCGUUAUUUUUGGGACACCCUGUCGAACGGUCGAUUGAAAGUUUGCUAGCUGACGAUUCUGACGAUGUCAGAGAUGAUACUUUUGAAGAAUCGUUCAGUGAUCAAUGUGAUAUUGCAAAGGAAUUGAAAAACCAAGAUGAAAAACAAGCCAGUAUAGAUUCCGAAACCAGUACAAAGCACGAUGAAUCGAACAUGAAGUCAAAAAAUUUACAUGAAGAGUCCAUCGGUCUAUAUACGGUGACAAAGUCUGGCAAUCUGCAAACAAAAUCAACAAAUAGGCAUAAUCCCUUGGGAAGUAGUGCCAGCUGUAAUCGCGACUCCGCUGAGAUUAGUCGACUGAAUUCGAAACUUGACCGAUUUUCUGAAAACAUGACAAACAAAUUACAAAAUCUCAGCGUCGAGAUAAACAACAUUAAAGAGAACAAACCCUACCCUAUUUUGGUUUUAGAAAACGUAGUCAAUGAUCUAAAGGAAGAUAAGCUUGUGCUAAUUAGAAAGAACGACGAACUCAGGGAACAAAACAUGGAUAUGUCUCAUAUUAUAUCUGAUUUGAAAAUGGCAAACAAGAAUCUGGAAAGCGAAAAGGGCAGCCUGUUGACAGCUCUUAAAUUAAUACAAAAUGACUACCAACAAACGUGCACGAAAACAAUUGUGGAAAAUGACGGCGAGAAUAAUGUGGAAUUGGUUUGCGAAACAAUAAAGGGAAGUGAAGUCACUCAACCAAAACCUUCAUCUAAUCAGCCCGCAAACGAUAAGCAUUUUAACACCGAAGCUGGAAAAUGGGAAAAAUCGUAAAAAGAAGGGAAAGAAAUCUAAGUCCAAACCUCCAACACAAAAUUCCAGCAAACAAACUGCGGAUGUAGAUACUUCUGGUGGUAUUGUGAACACCUCUAGUUCUAAAGCAACGGGGCAAGGCAAGAAAACAGUUGUUAUUGCUGGGGACUCAAUUGUUAAAAAUACUAUUGGUCCGAAAAUGAGUGCUGACGAUCCUAAUCACCACUUUAUUGUAAAGCCGUUCCCUGGAGCAACAGUCUCAGAUAUGGAGGAUUUUGUCAAGCCAUUGACAAGGACACCGGUCAAGAUAAUCUUACAUGUCGGAACAAUUGACCUGAGAAGUCAUUCUACGCCGAAAAUAAUAGCAGACUCCAUUGUCAACAUUGUAACACAAAUAAAAGAAGAUUCACCAGGUACAGCCGUUAAUUGGCAUUUCAGCUAUUCUGGUAAGAAAUUACAUUAAUGACCUAGCUGCUAAAGCUAUUCAAACUAAUAAUAUUCUUAAAAGCUAUUGUAGUCGCAAUAGAAUCCCCUUUUUAAGUAAUUCAAAUAUGAAUGCAAGUCACUUAAAUAUGAGGGUCUUCAUUUAAAUAGACAAGGUAGUUUAGCUUUACAACAAAACUUACUAGGUUUUGCAAAAACUAUUUCAGAUUGACUUUAUCCUACUCAGUCCGUUAUUCCUACCUCGCGCGGGUUUAAGCUCGCGGCACUUAAUGUGAGAAACCUAGUAAAUCAUAUUGAUGAGCUGCGAGUUUUGCUUGCUACUAGCCCAAUCGAUGUCCUAACAAUAAAUGAGACAUGGCUUAAUUCUACAAUAAGCGAUAACGAUGUAUAUAUACCUGGAUACGAAAUCAUACGUCGUGACAGGGCAUUUAGAAGUGCAGAUGGAAAAACGUAUGGAGGUAUUUGUUUUUAUGUACGCUCCAGCGUAAAUUUCAUACAGCGUAAAGACAUGUCUAUUGAUGAUUUAGAAAAUCUAUGUAUUCAAAUUCAAAAACCAAAUUCUCAGCCAUUUCUCGUUGCGACAUGGUACAGGCCACCAAUUUCCAAUGUUGAUAAAUUUAGUUAUUUUGAGACAUUUAUUGACAUGCUUUAUGCUGAAAAUGGCGAGUACUAUUUAUUGGGUGACCUAAAUUGUGAUCUUGGGUCGCCUGAUUUAGAGAGUAAUUCGAGAUCAUUAAUAGGCAUCACUGAACUCUAAAGCCUGCCGCACACGAGAGCUAUCUGCUGAGCAAAAAGUUACUCGUGCCUGUUAGCGCAGCCGAUAGCUCACCGUGUGCGGGUACAUUUUACUGAGUUUUUCGCCUCAUGCAACCUUUUCUCACGUAUCAAACAUGUUUGAUUGGUGAGCUAUCGGCUGAGCUAACAGGCACGAGUAACUUUUUGCUCAGCAGAUAGCUCUCGUGUGCGGCAGGCUUAAGGUUUACAUCAAUUGAUAAGUGAACCGAUUCGAAUUACUGAAACUUCCUCAACUAUGAUUGAUCAUAUAUUCACCAAUAUACCAGAUAAAAUUGUUUGCUCCGGUGUUUCUCAUGUCGGUAUUAGUGAUCACAGCUUAAUAUAUGCAUUCCGUAAGCUUUCAACCGGUCUACACAAUAAUUAAAGGCCAUUCUACAGUGAGUUAAAAGACAUAUGCAUGAAAGAGAUAUUUUAAAAAUCAAGGCUAUUCGAUCUAAAGAUAUUUAUGACUGGGCUGCUUUUAAGAAAGCUCGCAACUCUGUGAACAAUGAAAUUAAAUUUGCGAAGAAAGCCCAUUAUAUGAAUGCUUUUCAUGAAAACGAGAGUAAUGUAAAAAAACUUGGGGCAUUAUUAAUGAAUUAACCUCAAGAAAACAAAAUAAUUCACAUGUAAAAGAGAUUAAACUAAAUGGUUCUUCAGUUAGUGACCCCCCGGGGUUGUCAGAGACGUUUAACACUCAUUUUGCUAGCAUUGAACCUAAGCUUAUGGAGAAGAUACUUUGUGAUGAAAAUAACUGCUCAUAUUUAGAAUAUCUCAAUUGCCAUAUUAGUGGUAAUACUUUUGAGCUGAAGUCGACAACUUCAUCAAUGGUUUGUUCCCUUUUGAACAAACACUGUAAAUCUAAAGCAACUGGCCGAGAUAAAAUAUCUGCUAAGCUUCUUCGCUACUGUCCUGACCUACUGUCGGAAUCCCUUACCGCAAUUUUCAACAGCUCUAUUAAUACUGGUAUCUUUCCUGAUGAAUGGAAAUGCUCAAAAGUCAUUCCCAUUAUUUAAACACGGUGAGCGUAGGGACUUGGAUAAUUAUCGCCCAAUUUCGAUAAUCCCUGUUGUAGCGAAGGUUUUCGAGCGAAUUAUUUAUGAUCAUAUAUAUGCCUUUCUUACUGACAACAAUUUACUAUGUAAUAGCCAGUCAGGGUUUCGAUGUCUACAUUCAACUGUCACCGCGCUCCUUGAGUCCACCAAUAACUGGGCAUACAACAUUGACCAAGGCCGAGUUAAUGCUGUAGUUUUUCUAGAUUAUAAGAAAGCGUUUGACACAGUUAACCAUGGAAUUUUACUAUCAAAACUGAAUGCGUAUGGUCUUGGGGGUGCUGUGGGUAACUGGUUUAAGUCUUAUCUAAGUGACCGCAGUCAAAAAUGCUAUGUUAAUGUCACCUUUCUAACAAUCGUACGUUACUCUGUGGUAUUCCACAGGGGACUAUUUUAGGACCAUUGUUAUUUUUACUGUACAGGGUGUCUCAAAAAAACCCAAAAUCAUUGAAAUAACGUAUUGUUCGAAUUUCAAUGCCGUAACACAAAGGAUUUUGACAGGGUGAUUAAUUUGUUUUAAAAAAUUAAAAUAUCUUUGUAAAGUGAACGUUUGUUUGCUCAUGGGAAUUUAAAAAUGCUUCGUAAAUUCAUGGGUUUAGUACUUUAUGCCUGACAUAACAAGUUUACGCUGAGUAUUACCAUUCAUUAUAGCAGUUAUGUCAAUCUUUUAUGCACUCGUGGGAUUAACUUAGUGCUAGGGCAUUGAAUAUCGAACAAUACGUCAAUUUCAAUGAUUUUGGGUUUUUUGAGACACCCUCAGGCUGCUCCAUUUACUGUUCGGAGUACUCCGGAUUUUCGGAACACUAAUUAAAUCGAACCAAUAAUGGUCACAUGACUGUUCUGACGGUCAUAUGACUGUUCUAGCUACCCCUACUUUUGAGUAGGGGCAGUCAGAACAGUCAUGUGACCGUUUUCGGUUCGAUUCGAUUAGUGUUCCGAAAAUCCGGAGUACUCCGAACAGUAAAUGGAGCAGCCUGCCUGUAUAUAAAUGACUUACCAAAUUGCCUUGAGCACUCCCAGGCACGAUGAUACUAAUUUACGCGGAUGAUACUAAUUUAACAUUUGCAAGCAACAAUAUUGACGACAUAAAUUAUCACCUUAAUCAUGACCUUGCAAAUGUGAACAAAUGGCUUAUCGCCAAUAGGCUUACCUUAAAUCAAUCCAAAACUGAAUUUAUGCUAAUUGGCUCACAACAAAGAAUAGCCACAUUUCGGUCAGUUCCAUGUUUAGAAAUAGAAUUUAGAAAUUUGUCCCAGUCGCAACAUUGCAUUUAAUUUUUAAUUCCUUGGUUCAGCCAUAUUUCAAUUACUGUUGCACAGUUUGGGACAAUUGCAACAAAACCCUAGCUGAAAAACUUCAACAACUACGAAAUCGUGCAGUGAGAGUACUAACAUUCUCCAGUUAUGACACUAAUGCUGAUGUUUUAAUUGAGAAACUUGGCUGGAAAAAAUUAUCAUCCCAGCGCCAGUUUCAAAAAGCUGUCAUGGUCUAUAAAUCAUUAAAUGGUCUUGUUCCUGAUUACAUGCAUUCCAUGUUUGCAAACCGUGACAGUGUUAAUCCUUAUUCGCUGAGAAACACUGAGAACCAACUAGCUGUUCCCAAGCCCCGCACAAACUAUCUCAAGAAUAGCUUUAGCUAUAGUGGUGCGGUGCUGUGGAACAGUCUACCGAUUGGGCUACGGCAAGCAAAUAACUUGAUAAAUUUCCGAUCGGGCUGUGCCAAAUUAUUUUAAAUUUCUUUGUAUAUAUUGUUAUAUUAGCUUAGUACACGGCCCUCGUGAAAAGCAGGUAUUAUAUUUUCUAUUUAGCGUGGUUCUACUUUUGUAAUUUAUCUAAUUUAGUUUGUUGCAUGUUAAAUCCUGAUGAGAAUACCGUGUGUAAAUAAAGUUUUAAUAAUAAUAAUAAAAUAACAUGACAAAAUUUGUGUUUACAGAAUAUUGAACGAGCAAAAAAAGAAUACAAAGCUUACCUACAAAAUACUUUGAAAAAAAAAUUUAAAACUAUUACAGUAAAAUAUUGGAAAUAGUGUUCAUUCCGUUGCUAAUUUCCUGGGUAGGCUUCAUCCAACAAAUUACACUUGCAAAAUUUUCCACAAUUAGGUAUUUUUUACAUUUUUGGUGAGUUUUCAUUCUAUUGUCUAAAAUAUAAAGAAAAGCACAUCUUCUGACCUAAUAACAAUUUUUUAUUAUACACUCACACGCACUUAACCAAUCAGUAAUCGUCGAGAGAGUCACGUGCCGAUCCAAUAUUUUACGAUAUUGGACAGGAAGCUAUUGGACAGUUGCGAAUCGUGGUUUUCAUGGUUUUUCAACCCUGUUCAGAUGUUUUGUCAAUUUCAAACAUACGUCAAGCGAUAUGGCAAAAUAAUGAAAUGAACUUGGGACAAUAAUACAGUUUUUCUACCAGUUUUGUUUAAAAUUAUAAAAGCGCGGGAAAACUUGUCUUCGCGAAAUUAAUUUGUUUGCAACAGCGUCGACGUUAGAAAUAUUAUUAUAUUUGCUGCCGAAGGCAGCACACUAUUCUUGAUGAUUUGUUUUUCUCGCACCAGUCCGUUUCCGGCCGAGUUAUGUAUAGCCGAACGACAACUCGGUUUUGGAGGUGUACGGAUUUUCAAAUUUAUGACGUAUUUUGACGUCACAGAAAUUUAAAUAACAUACUCCAGAUUGCGAUUUGACUUUCCGAAUACCCUAGCUGUGACUCGCGAACACCACCAUGGACAAUGGACUACAGUAUUACAAUUUGUAAAUAACACGUUGCCUCGUGCCUUUUGUAAAUUUUGAUUCCAGCUUGCUGCAAAAUUUAUGCCUGGCUAUUUAUCGAAAAUAUUCUUCAAGGGAAGAUGAAAGAUUGAUUACGAAUAACAAUGUGUUUUGGUCGAAUUAUUUUACCCAUGAGUCGAAUGAAUCCACUAUUGGAACACACGAUGACACAAUUGUAUACGAAGGAAAAAUUAUCUGACUUGUACAAAGAUAUUCCUAUAGAAACCCAGUGUGGACUGUUGUCUGCACAUAGUAACUUACCAGCAGUUACAUCUAUUACUGUACGUAAUAUGUCAACCGACUUUUGUAAAAGGUAUGACGGUCUGUAAAAAUAUAUCUCUGAGAUAUGUCCAUUGUUUAUAGCAUAAUAUGAAAUAAUCCUACCAGCCCACAUUUAUAUAUUCACCUUGCUAUGUCAGUGUCACUACAGUACUCAGGGUAUACUAUAUUUUUUGUUAAUACUCAAAAUUUUUUGUAUUAUAUAGUUUUGCAGUUCUGACUUCUGACUGAGUACAAUCUUAAUCAUUACAAGUGAAUAGUGUCAUCCGAAGCUGAUAUAUCGGAAACAAAAGUGUCAACAAAUAGAUUUUGUCUCUCCAUCAGGCAUCAGCAGAUUUUUUCAGUUUUGCCGAGGGGGGUAGCCUUGAAGGUGCCUUAUUAUUGUAUUAAAAUAAAACUUGGAACAAAAACUAUAAAAUAUUUCUAUACAUGAAAUUUUAUUAAAUUCUACAUGUCCAAUGAUUCAUUCAAAUAUUAUUGUUUAUAUAUAAUAUGAUUUUGUACAGUAUUCAGUGGCAAGCUAGCUACCUUGGCAACUGGUCAUGCCACGCCAAUAAACCUGCAUCUAUUUGAAUAAUGCAAAUCAUUAAAAACUCGCAUCGCAUGAACUGUUUGCUUUGGCUAGCUUCACCACUAACAGUGUUAUAAUUAUACAUACAAAAGCAAGAAGUUAUAAGUGUUGAAGGUAUUCAUAUAAAACUGACCAUGCCAAGAAAGUAGAAUUAGAAUAUUUAGCUGACCUUUGACCUUGUGCAAGGUGUUUGAUAUUCAGAUUGCACUUUUCCUAUCUUUUGGUUCCUAAACAGGUGUCUUAGGGCUGUUUACAUGGUUGGAUCAUUUUUGAUGUAUUUGAAUUACAGGCGGCCCAAUCUCCGAAUGGUCUAUAUAUUUUGAAUAUUUAUACGGAAUAUAUUUAACCGUUAUAAUAUUUAAUAACGAAAUAAUUCAAAAAAUAUUAGCAGUAUAUGUAAAAAAUAUAUCUAUUAAAGGGCUAACUUUGUGUUUCUGAGUUUAGUUGAUGCGAUUGCUUUACGUUUUCGUCGUACUUGAACGGUCGUUAGUACUGGCACUGCAGGCUACAUAGAACAUAAAUAAGCCAGUGCCAGUACUGACGACCGUUCAAGUACGACGAAAAACGUAAAGCAAUCGCAUCAACUAAACUCAGAAACACAACAAAUGCAUUCUAUUAACAAGUUAGCCCUUUAUAGAUAUUUUUUUACAUAUACUGCUAAUAUUUUUUGAAUUAUUUCGUUAUUAAAUAUUAUAACGGUUAAAUAUUCUGUAUAAAUAUUCAAAAUAUAUAGACCAUUCGGAGAUUGGGCCGCAUGUGUUUGAAUAAGUCACUAGGCUAAACAAAAGUUCAAAUGGUUGUUAACAGAACUCAAAUAUUGUAGAGAAGAUCUUGUGGUUCAAGAAGAUUAUUACUGUUGCUUGAACAACCUUGACUUUCGUUUACAGUUAAAUAUAAUGUCUAGAAAAUGUUUUUUGCUGAAUUGUGCACUGUGAUUCAUUUCAAUAUAUCAAAAUCAUCCCACCUCAUGUCUCGUCCUGGCAAAGCGGGAUCUUAUAAACAGUCCCUUAUUCAGCAAAUUGCGCAUGGUGCCAUCCCUUGGGGUUGAAGCAGAAAUUUCCUUGCGAUAGUAACUUCUAUAGUAAUAUUAUAGGCUGACUGACGUCAUAUCUACAUGUAGACAACCAUUGUCUGCAGUUGUGACGUCAGAAUUACACGACAUCACGAAUUAUCCGUAGUGGCGCGAUGGUUGUCCAAUACUGUCGAACGCAUACGGAUCGUAAAGAUGGUAAAACAUUGAACACAAUCCGUACGGUCUGUACGGACUGUGAAAUGGUUUUACUGACCGUCCGAACCGUGCGGUUCGUGAAAAUGAUUUACGGAUCGUGAACCUACUUUGUCGAUCCGUAAAGAGCGUCAAUGGGUGAUGUUGUGUUUAAGUCAGGGCAGAAAAAUUUGUCGAUCCCGUACGAAGAGCCGAAAUAAUUAUGAGUGUGAUCGAUAAAAAUUGUUUGUCGACCCAUUUUUCACCGCUGCGCCUAAUUAAAGCAGUGUAUAAGAAAAGGUAUUAUAUUGAUAUACAAGGUUUAUAAAAGACCCUGCUAACCCAUUAAAAUACAAUGUUUUUAGAGUUGCAUGAUUCCACCCGUUUAGCAUACACCUCAAGGGGUAUUACCCAUAUGUUCUCAAUUGAGAAUAUUCGGUAUUACCCAUGCCAGACUAUCGCCUGCGCUACCUGACGCUGACGCUUUCGCAUAUCAUUGUACAUAAACCAAUCACAAUCGUGUUUCUAUCACACGUUCUUCUCGAAUCUCAAGCUCGGGAGCUGCCAUAUUUGAAAAAAAUUCUAGCAGUGUUUCUAGUCUAUUUGCGAUUCUGUGUAAUAAAAUGGAGACAGGAAAGAGAAAUAGAAUAAGCGACAACCAGAGAGAUAUUUUGGAAAGGUUUUAUGGCCGUAGAAUGGUCAGUGUUGGUCUAAAUUAUCGCGAAAAGAUCGAAAGCGUUGUAGCAGAAACUGGCUUAACAACGACUCAAGUUAAGGUAAAUAUUAAUAUCAUAGUGAUGUUAAUAUUGACUAUUUAACUCCGUCUCGAUGAAAUUCUUUGUAGAAGUGGAUUGGCAAUCAAAAAAAGAAAAGACCUGAUGACUGUAAUCAGAAAGCAGAUAUCGAAGCGCAGAGGACAUUGAAGAAAGCAAAAUCUGUUCGCGGCCCAUCUUCCUAUAAUCUUUUUUGUUCUGAAUUCUUUAAAGGAGGUAAGAAUAUUAGACUUGACUGUCAGCUAUUUUAUCUAGGCAGGGGUACGCAAUGACCUUUAGACCUUGCGCUCACAUACAAAAAUAUACUAAUAUAAAAACUAGUAUCAAGCCUUGCUUGGAUGAAAACCAAGAUACUUGAUCAAUAGUGCUACUGUAGGUAGGUAGGUAGGUAAAACUUUAUUUAACUACGCUAACCCCUACAGCGGUGGCUGAUUUCCAAGGGGGGCGUAGAUUUAAAUAGUUAAAAAAUACAAUUGAUACAAAUUAUGGUCAUACAUUACAUUACAUUACAGUUAACAAUACAUUUACAAAUACAACUAGUAUAUAAUUAUUUACAAAUUAAUUUAAUGUUAGUACUGUUCAAUAUUAAAUUAACGUAAUUAUUUAUUAAUUAAUUAAUUAAUUGGCCAGGUGUCGUAUACAUGAAUUAAACGAAGCAAGAGUAUGUUUGUUUCUUUCCGUUUGUUCAUUAAGGUGCAUGCAGAGCUUCCCCAUUGACGAGUAAAAUUGUCUGGCGUUAGACAAGUAAAAAAAAAGUAGGGGCACAGGGGCACAUUACGGCUCAAUGGGUUUACAACUAGAGACAAUGUUAGAUUUUUUGGUUAACCCAUUAAGGUGCAGAGCUUCUCCAUUGACGAGUAAAAUUGUUUGGCAUCAGACAAGCAAAAAAAAAAGUAGGGUGCUAUGGGACAUACAUAUUUUUCGGCUCAUUGAGUUAAUAGGAAUGCACACUCGAUCAAGCACCUUUCUAGGCUAGACCUGUAGGGGUGCAUCAGAAACCAUUUUUUUAAGUUCCCGGCUGGAACUGGAUCUGGCCGGAACUGGAAAAAAGUUCCAGCCGGAACUGAUUCAUAUGGUAAUAUGUGACUUUGUCUGCUGCCAGACAGUCAGACACUUUCAGUCAUCAAGCAGAGAGCAGGCAAAUGUUAGAAUAAAAAGAUUUACUAUUGUUAAACGUCAUAAUAAAGAGUAAAUAUCAAAAUUUUCGAGUCAAAAUAUUAUAAACACUCCAGUCAUUUAAGUCAAUUGAAACCAUUGUUUUUCUUUAAAUGAAUUGAAAUUCCGAACUAAUUGAUCUCAAGCGUGCGUAUUCUAAUUUCGUCUAUCAGCGCGCGGUUAAGUUAGAAUGUAUUUUCAAAUCCCAGGAGCAAAAUAAGUAGCACACACAUUGAAAUGCUAGUAAGCAGCAAAAUUAUGUAAAUUAUAGUGUUUGCAGGUAUUUUGAUACACCCUGUAUUGCAUGGCUUCUUAAGAACGGAGCAACAAGAUAUUAUAUUGACGUAUUACGUGUUUCUUUAGAACGGAGCAACAACAUAUUAUAUUGAUAUAUUGCGUGGUUUAAUUCUCAAGAACCAAGCAACAACAUAUUAUAUUUAUAUAUUGCGUGGUUUCUUAAGAACGGAGCAACAACAUAUUAUAGUGAUAUAUUGCGUGGUUUCUUAAGAACGGAGCAACAACAUAUCAUAUUGAUAUAUUGCGUGGUUUCAGUAAGAACGGAGCAACAAUAUAGGCCUAUUGAUAUAUUGCGUGGUUUCUUAAGAACAGAGCAGCAACAUAUUAUAUUGAUAUAUUGCGUGGUUUCUUAAGAACGGAGCAACAAUAUAUUAUAUUGAUCUAGCAAACAAUGUUUGAAGUUAUUAUAGGUUCACGAUCUGUAAAGCCAUUUCACAGUUCGUGUCGACCGUACGGAUUUGUCGGAUCGUGAAUCGUACGAACAGAAUGAUCCGUCAAACUGUUGGUAGAUCUGGGCAACAAGCAUCUGCUAUUGGAGACUACCUAUUGCGUUUACGAGUUGAUACGGAUCGUGACUCGUGUUUACGGUCCGUACGAAUUUGACGGAUCGUGAAGCUGCUUCACGAUCCGUAUCAUGCAUGUCGACAGUAUUGGACAUGUAUGGGAUGAGUGGAAACAGAGAUUGUAUUACUAAUGCAUAAUAAUUUGCCAUAUUGGGCCCAGAAGAAUCCAAUAAGAUACAUAAUUUGGUGGCACCAUCUGUAUGUAUGAGAAAAUUAAGGUGGAAAACAAGCAAUUUGGGGGCACAAUAUCACUCAAAAAUUAAAUACAGUAUUUACACAUUGUUCUGGACACCAAACACAACUACUGCAUAAUAUUUAAAUCAAUAUUUCAUUACUAUUACGUCCCUGCUCGAGAUUAUUUGCCAUAAAAAACACAUAUUGUGGAAGAAACUUGAUUUCCGGGCAUGUUUCAGCAAAGUAUUCUUAACUGACUGCUAUAAUUAUGGCCUCGAAUGCUUUGUCGUUAAUAUUUAAGUCUGCUAUCUUGCUUUUAUUUUUACUCUACUGCAGCAUGAGAAACUGGCAAAAAGAAAACGCUCGCGAUAAAUAUUUGGUUGGCGAGGACAAUUUUCCCACAUGUUCUGCGCCGCCGAAGGGUGAGUAACAAAAAAGGAUGACGCUAUAACAACUACCGGAUUAUCUGAACGAAUAGAUUUCUAUGUCCUAAAACGUGAUUUGGACACUCAAAAGUAUUUGUAUAUAAACCGAAAACGCACCUGAUUCAAUGCAUCAUAUAAACUUUCAUAAAGACUUUCUAAGUUAAGCAAGAUCACCAUCGUUCCUGUUUCCAUGCAUACUUUAAUUCGAUUGAUGUUUCGGCAAAUCUGUAAUUUGUUAAACAUGAUUUAUUUCUUCAAUAUGACUUGAAUGAUGAACCACUGACAUACAUACACUUAUAACACUGACGUUUUCUGAUAAUAAUAAUUUAUUGUAUGUAGAAGAGGGCAGCCAUGCACUCAACGAAUGCAAAUUUGCAGUAUAGCAGGCAUAUAAAUUCAAUCAGCCACGUCAUCGUAAUCAAAAACCCGUACUCACCGCCCUGUUAAUUUCAGGGAAUUAAUUUAACUCCAGUGGAAUUAUUUUGAACCCAAUUUGGAGUUAAAUAUACAUUAACAUGAAAACAUAACAUUGAACAGAUAUGACUAUCUGGAGGCCCAACCUGAUACUCGGGGUUUCGCCGAAACCUGCUGCAGCGAAAACCCUAAUUUUAGGUAAUUAUUACACGGCAAAACCAUAAAUCUUCGUUCAUAUAAACGUAUGUGCUGAAAGACUCUCAACUAUCGUUUGCUUUACUUGUUUAAAUUUGAUAAUUUACAGGUAAAAUUCCUGUAAAAGGUUUUUGUCUCUACAUAUUACCGGUUUCCUGUACAUAUAAAACAGUUAUUUCUCGUGUGGUUGCCACACAAAACUCUCCGGACGCCACAAUGUUUUAAGGAGGCUCCCUACAGCUGCAUGCGGGAUGUUCGCGGGACCAGAACACGAACUAUCCCACGCAAGCGCAUGAUCAAAACAAAACAAAAAUUGACCACGCUUUUUUUAAAAAUAAAGCUAUUUCUGAAAGGUUUCUAAUGGAAAAAAGCGUUGAAUAAUACUUCGUUUUGAGUGACAAAUCUCUUGCGAGUCUAUACAGCAAUUCUACAUAUGAUACGAAUAUCACUAGACCAAAAAAUAGCUACGAAACAAUGUUUUUAAAUUUUUUUAUACACUUCAACUGACUCAACUGUAAAACAUUUGCAAAAUUGCAUACAAACGUUUAAAAAGUUGUUUACUUCUCAAGAAAACGUUCACGUUUUUAGUCGUGUUUCUACAAGAUUAAAGUGAUUAUAUGUAAACAGAAAAAUAUUUCAGUUUCAUAGCCUAAUUGUUCAUUUUUAGGAAAAAGUACAAAACCAAACAUGAAACAAAAAAAACACGUCCACCUGUUAAUAGGCUGUUACAGCUAAUAGAUUGAGUAAACGGCAGGAUUCAGUUACUUCAACCUUGUUUUCAUCGAUUUAAUCCUUCACAAUAAUCCUUGGCUGUCCAUAGCACUCAAAUAAAUCGAAAAGUUGACAAAAACAAAACAGUAAAAACAACAUUGCGGCUCGAUUUUGCCGAAUGAAAACUCGUUCUGCGCCCGCGUACAAUCUUUUACUAGUCAGCGACGCUUUUCAAUAGGGGAAUUUCUCGAGUUACACGAGGCUAUUUUCUAACUUUAUUUGCAUUUUACUCAUUAGUUUCAUCGGUGACCUAUCUUCAAAUUUUGACCACGAAUUUAUUUUGCGGUAAAUUUUAUAAAUUUCAAUUUUUAAAAAAAUCUGUAGUGUGGAAAUUUCGCAAUAAAUUUUUCGCUUUUAAAAAAAUCACACACUACAGAAUUUUUUUAAACUUUCACCACAGUUGCAGAGCAUCAUUCCUUAUUGAUAUAUGAAAUAAAAAAGAUAGGUCACCGACAUUGUUUUUGAGAUAGUGGCACAUUUAUGGGUUAAAUUGGAAGGCUUUAUGCUGUCGUCAUGUUGCCAUGGGAGCAUUGACAUCGUCGAAAUCUAGUUCGAAAUAUUCCUUAGGUGACCAAUAUUGCUACCAAGUCGAAAGGAAUUCGCGUUCUGCACGAAUAAGCCUGUUUUAUGGAAUUAUUGCUUAAGCAAGAAUAACUGUAGGGAGCCACCAUAAUGUAUGCAUGUAACCUUUUGUAGCAUAGAAUUGCCACAAUGUGGAAAUGCUAUUAAACCAUUAUUAUUAUUUAUUAUCAUUAUUAUUAUUUUCACGGAUACAAGUUUGAAUCCACAUCAAAGACAUGAGGGAAUACCAUCACAUCAAAGACAUGAGGGAAUACCAUCACCUGUACUUGAAACCAGACGUUCUUCUGCUCGCUGACACUUUCGAAAGCUUCCAAAAACAUGCAAGGACAACUACAACUUGUACCCAGCAUGGUAUUACACAUGACCUGGACUCGCCUGGGACGCCCUGUUGAAACUGACGAGGAUAGACUGUUUGACCCUGACAUGUACCUGUUCUUCGAAAGACGAAGACAAGGAGGUCUGUCAAUGAUCUCCAAAAGACAUGGAAAAGCAAACAACCCUUACAUGGGUGAUGAGCAGAACCCUGAAAAACCAAAAAGUACCUGACCAUACCUCGACGCAAACAACCUUUAUGGAUGGGCAAUUAGCAAAUCAUUGCCGAUAGGAUUCUUCAAAAGGAUGGAAGUGGAAAACCUGACAAACUGGAGAAACACAUUGUGCACCAUUGAGGUUGACCUGGAGUACCCAAAAGAACUUCAUGACUCACACAACGACUAUCCACUGGCACCAGAGAAUAUAAUAAUUGGUAAAGUGCAAAAGUUGGUUCCAAAUCUCAACAAGAAGGAAAAAUACGUGGUCAAUGCACAAAAAAACUAAAAAACAUCAUGCACUAAAAUGUUAUGAGGGUCAUGGAAUAAGAGUUACCAAAGUCCAUCGAGAGAUAACGUACAAUGAAAGACCAUCGAUGAAGGGGUACAUUGACCUAAAUACCUCACUAAGGGCAAAAGGCCAACAACAACUUUGAAAAGGACAUCUUCAAGCUGUUGAACAACAGCGUGUUUCGUAAGACCAUGGAGAACGUACGCAACCGCCUCGACAUCAAACUGGUAACAUGAAUGAAGAAGGCAAACAGACUAGCCAUGAAACCGAACUUUGAGAAGUGCACAAUCUUCACAGAAAACCUGAUCGUUGUCCACAUUAAGAAUACAAAACUUCUCUAAGUAAGUCACUCUACUCCGGAGCAAGCUUCCUUGGCAUCAGCAAGACACUGAUGUACAACUUUCACUACCUCUGUCAGGAAAAAGUAUGGAAACAUCGAAAUCACUGUUUACUAACACAGACAGCCUGUGCUACGAAAUAUAAACCAAAUACUUGACAGGAACAGGACUGUUUGACACCAGCGACUAUCCAAAAACCCAUCCAAGCGGAAUCCCAACCAGAAAGAGUAAAAAGGUCAUUGGAAUGUUCAAGGACGAAACCGGAGGAAAGUGCAUGACCGAGUUUGUUGGUCUCAGGCGAAACUUUACGCUUGCAAAAUGCUGGACAACUCGGAAGAAAGGAAGUGUAUAGGAGCCGAAAAGUAUGUGGUGAAGAAGGGAAUCUCCUUUUACGAUUACAAAGAAUAUCUGACAAGAAGGACACAACAAAUGAGGAAGAUGAAUGUCAUCCGUAGUCACCAAUACACACUGUUCACUGAUGAAGUCAACAAAGUAACCCUAUCAGCAGACAACGACAAGAUAGUGAUAAGAAAGGACGGAAUCCACUGUAUAGUCUAGACAAUUAACGACAAAGGUAGGGCAGGGGCGGGCGGGAGGGUUGGGAAUGGAGGGGAAUAGUGUGAAAGGUUAAGGGAGGAGGGGGCACAGGUUUUCCAAAGUCGUCAAGAGUUUGGAAAUUUCUUUUUCCAAAGCGUUUUUCGGAAAAGAAAAUUGACUCCUGUUGGGAUCUUUUUACAGACAUUCCGUAAUUUCUUGGAAUUUUUGCCGAAAAAUAAAAAGGCGGUAAGUGGCGGCGACGGGAGAGAGUAGGAAGGAGCCAAGUGGAGUGAAUCUAGAUCAGUUUAGAUGACCAUAAGUCAAACGUAACUACGUUCAAACCGGCCUUUUGACACUACUUACGAGUUAGUUGAAAUACAUGUAACAGCUAUCACUGUGAUGGUAAUUGAAAAACAAUAAUAUAUUAUUGUUAUUUAUUUUAUUAUAUAAAGUACAGUGCUUUAUAGGGAUUUCGAGCACUGAUAAAUUUAUGAUAAUCUCACAUGUGAAAGUUAUCGCUUUUCCACCAAUCACGGAGCUGCUUCUCUUGUUUAUGGCGGUAAAAAAACAUUAAUAUGCAAGCCAGCAAGCCUACAGUUUUUGAGUUUUGUUUUUCAUCUCGUGUAAAUUGGUUGUUCUUUUCGUGUUAAAUAUCUUUCAAAAUUUUUGAAGUAUGUCAUCAAAUCACUUUAUACCUCACAGUGAAGAUGACAUUCAAUGUUUUUUACUGGACACAGAAGCAAAUGCAAAUACGAAGAAAAAAACUGCAAGUGACAUUGCACUCGUUCAACUUUUUCUUACAAACGAGGGAGAAACCAGUGCCAUAGAAGAGAUUCCUCCGGCAGAUUUAGAUCGAUACUUAUCUUUAUUCCUUUUAUCAGUCAGAAAAACGUCUGGCGAAGAAUAUGAACCGACAACUUUGCGAGGCUUCUGUGGACAGAUACCUUAUAAAAUUUAG